GGAGAGAGAAAGAGAGAGAGAGGGGUGGGUCCAGGAAGCGAGGGAAACGCAGGUGCGUUACACCGCGUGAUCUAAAAAGUUCACGGAGGGUGCGCAUGGAGAUAACGUACGCCUCCUCGAGCAUUCGCGAUCUCUCUGCAGCGGAAACCUCGGCCGCCAUGCCGACGACCUCCCGGCCGGUGAAGGUCAUACCUUUACAACACCCUAACACGACGACGUCGUCUUCCUCGCAGUCGCCGUCGAAAUUUCCUCUGAUCUCGACAUGGCGGUCCAAGGUCAAGCGCAUGACCACCAACGAGUGGAUCGAGCUCUUCCUCCCUUGUUACCGUUGGAUUCGAACAUACAAAUGGCGAGAAUACUUGCAGAUCGAUCUCAUGUCUGGUGUCACCGUCGGUAUCAUGCUCGUCCCUCAGUCAAUGUCUUAUGCGAAGUUAGCUGGGCUGCAACCAAUAUAUGGACUUUAUUCUGGUUUUGUGCCUAUAUUUGUCUAUGGCAUAUUUGGGUCAUCUCGCCAGCUAGCAAUUGGUCCAGUAGCACUGGUUUCCCUCCUGGUCUCUAAUGUCUUAGGCAGCAUUGUUGAUUCUUCCGAUGCGUUAUACACAGAACUUGCAAUAUUAUUGGCGCUGUUGGUUGGAAUUUUAGAAUGCAUAAUGGGGCUUCUAAGACUUGGAUGGCUUAUUCGUUUCAUCAGCCACUCUGUAAUUUCUGGCUUUACAACUGCCUCAGCCAUUGUGAUUGCCUUGUCUCAAGCAAAAUAUUUCUUGGGCUAUGAUAUAGAACGGAGUAGCAAAAUUAUCCCAUUGGUCAAGAGUAUCAUAUCUGGAGCGGAUGAGUUUUCUUGGCCUCCUUUUGUAAUGGGAUCUAUCAUUCUAGCAAUUCUUCUGGUCAUGAAGCACUUGGGGAAAUCAAGGAAGUACUUGCGGUUUCUGCGAGCAGCUGGGCCCCUUACAGCAGUGGUUCUGGGUACAGCCGUUGUGAAAAUAUUUAAUCCAUCUUCCAUUUCUUUGGUAGGAGAUAUACCUCAGGGACUCCCAAAAUUCUCCAUUCCUAAAGAUUUUGGGUAUGUGAAGUCUUUGAUUCCAACUACACUUCUCAUUACUGGUGUGGCUAUAUUGGAAUCUGUGGGGAUUGCUAAAGCAUUGGCGGCAAAGAAUGGGUAUGAGUUGGAUGCAAAUCAAGAGUUGUUUGGUCUUGGUGUAGCCAAUAUCUUUGGUUCAUUCUUUUCAGCAUACCCUACAACAGGUUCCUUUUCUAGGUCUGCUGUGAAUAACGAAAGUGGGGCCAAAACUGGCUUAUCUGGAAUUGUGAUGGGAAUCAUAAUGGGCUGCGCUCUUUUGUUUCUAACUCCAUUGUUCGAAUACAUACCCCAGUGUGCUCUGGCUGCUAUUGUGAUCUCUGCAGUAAUUGGGCUGGUGGAUUAUGAUGAGGCUAUUUUUUUAUGGCGUGUAGAUAAGAAAGAUUUUCUUCUUUGGACCAUUACUAGCACAACUACUUUAUUCCUCGGUAUAGAGAUUGGUGUCCUUAUUGGGGUUGGUGUUUCACUCGCAUUUGUUAUCCAUGAAUCAGCAAAUCCCCAUAUUGCUGUCUUGGGCCGUCUUCCAGGCACCACUGUGUAUAGAAACAUUCAACAGUACCCAGAAGCAUAUACAUACAAUGGAAUUGUAAUUGUUAGAAUUGAUGCCCCAAUGUAUUUUGCCAAUACAAGUUACAUCAAAGAUAGGUUACGGGAGUAUGAAGUUGAGGUUGACGGAUCUACAAGACGUGGACCAGAGGUUGAUAGAAUUUACUUUGUGAUUAUAGAGAUGGCACCCAUUACAUAUAUAGACUCAAGUGCUGUUCAAGCUCUGAAAGAGCUGCAUCAGGAGUACAAGUCACGGAACAUCCAGAUGGCCAUUGCCAAUCCAAGCCAAGAUGUUCUUCUGACACUGGCAAAAUCUGGUGUCGUCGAUCUGAUAGGUAGAGAGUGGUACUUUGUCAGAGUGCAUGACGCUCUUCAAGUCUGCCUUCAACAUGUACAGAGCUUAAAAGAAACAUCCAGGACACCAGAAGAAGCAUCAACCGAGGAUAAACCAAGCAUCUUGCAGAGGCUAUUGAAACAUAGAGCGGAACGAUUCUCGAGCACUGAGUUGGAAUCUGGUAUCUCGAAAGAUACAGACCCACAAUUGGAGCCAUUGUUGCCGCGGAAGUCAUGAAGACGGUUGGUUUCCUGUUCUGCAAGGGAGUGCUUACGUAUAAUAUUGAUUAUUCUUUUUUUCCUGCAUUUGUGGUGUAAGCAGGGCUUGUGGUUAUAAACUUGUGCAAUUCAUCAUUUUUUUAUAGUUCCACUCAGUUGCCCCACCCAUCCCCAAGUAUCAAUGUGGUAUUGUAAUUGUACAUUUUUUGAAGUGGUGAUUGAUUUAAUAAUGACAAGACACUGCAGCAAGUCAUUGUGGUUA